AUUAAUAGAAAUGUUUGAAGAACACAUAUAAGUAAUGCGAACUCAACGAAAAUCGUCAAAAAGUUGAUAUUUAUGUGACAAUGCGCGUUUGAAAGCUUUGAAAAUAUUUGUACAUGUUACACACAUAGAAACGCAUAUGUUCAUAAAUGUGCGGUAUCCGUGAUGCUAAAUAAUAAAAAUAAAACAAAUCUCUUAUAUGCAUAUAAACAAGUGAAAUGCUUUGUGGAAAUCUCUUAAACAUAUUUUCCAGUGAAUAAGCAAACUUUAAGUGAAACUUUUGUAGAAUAGUGUAAAAUUGGAAAAUUGGAUACAAAUCUUUUGCGGAAAACAGUGUACAAAAAUUAUACAGAUUUUCCAGGUAACGGAAAUUGUUAUUAUCUUUGCGACAGUUAAACAAAAAGGAAAUUGCAAAUCCUCAAAAUGCAUUCCACGACAUGUAGCGCGCUGGCGUUAAACUCCACAUCAAAUGCAUCUGCAUCCAACACAACUGAUGGCUUAAAAAUGGUACACUCCAAUGAAGAUGCACUUAACAAAAUUCCACUGAAAACUGCAAAUAGUUUGGAGGAUGAAGAGAAAGCUGGUGGAGAAUUCAUCAGUGAUACGGCUGCGGCAGAAGAGGCAAGACGCGAGCAAAUGCGCGCGAACAUACUCAAAUGGAUGAAAAAGCUGACAAUCGUACUCAUCUGCUUUAUUGGUGUAGCACUCAUUACCUACGUUAUUAUCAGUUUGUGCUUUAGCGAUUGGUCUAAGACGUCAAAUGCACAAAGCAACAACACAACUAUCAACAAUGAAACAUCCUUCACUCUUCCUUCCACCUAUAAUUCUUCUCUCUCAAUAGAUGAAGCCAGUAGUAGUAGUAGUAGUAGUGGUAGUAGCAGCGAAAAUGGCGCGCUAAGGCUGACGAACUCAACAAGUGAUAGUGAUGGCAGCACAAUAGCAACUACCGCCAAUACAGCGACUGCUAGCAUCACGACAGCUGGUUUUGGUGAGUCAGCUACACAGCCAACUAACGCCUACACCGUUACUACUACCGGCGUGCCCCCAACGGCGUCGGAGCAUGAAGCAAUCGUUAAUGUGCAAACAACAGCCAGCACUAUUACUGCUACAGCAACAACAACAGCAAUUAGCCAAACGCUGCCGACAAGAAAAGCAUUGGUGCUGAAGGACACGCCGCCAUUGAUAAAGGAUAAAUUCGAAUCGAAAUUGGGUGUUUACAAAGAGGCCGCAGUUUGCUCGGACCGCGAAGUUUGCAGCGAAAUUGGCAGCCACAUGCUAGAUCUGAAGGGAAGUGCUGUUGAUGCCGCCAUAGCCACAUUACUAUGUAAUGGAAUACUCACCAUGCAUAGCAUGGGUAUUGGUGGAGGCAUGCUUAUGAACAUAUUUUUGAAGGACACCCAACACGCUUACUCCAUCGAUGCACGAGAGGUCGCACCAUUUGCCGCAUUCCAAGAGAUGUUCGAUGGAAAACUGGAACUAUCAUUGAAUGGUGGGCUAUCGAUAGCUGUGCCGGGUGAACUGAUGGGUUAUCAUCGCGCUCACGAACGUUUUGGCAAAUUGCCGUGGAAGACACUUGUUGAACCAUCGGUUGAAUUGUGUCAUGAAGGUUUCUACUUGACACAUCAUCAGUGGAAUGCCUUGAAUUAUCGUUGGCAUCACAUGAAGAAUAACACUGUGUUGACUGACGUUUUCGUGAAUGCCACCACAGGGCAAUUGUAUCCAGUGGGCACUAAAAUAAAACCUCAAAAAGUGCUUUGUGAAACUUAUGAGCUUCUGGCGGAAAAUGGACCACUUGACUUUUACAAUGGCACAUUGGCGCAUAGGGUUGUCGAAGAUCUCAAGGACCUCGGUAGUACCGUGACUGCAUACGAUUUAGAAUCUUACUCCGCCGAUAUGGUAAGCUCAAUAACAAUGCAGUUGGGCGAUGAUAUACUCUAUGCUGUGCCACCUAUUAGCAGCGGCACUGUUGUAGCCAAUGUACUGAGCAUUUUAGAAGGUUUUAAUUUUACCAAAACCGAUUUGAUCGGUGCUAAAAAUGAAGCGAAGACCCUGCAUCGUAUCGCAGAGGCGCUAAAGUUCGCUUUCGCAAAACGAUGGGAAUUAGGAGACUUGCGUUUUAACGAUGUGCGUGAGCUUGUCAGCCGCCUUACCAAUCCCGAGUACAGCGCGAGUAUACGCGACAAGAUCAACGAUAAAAAAGUAUACAAAGAGAUAUUCGAUUAUGGCGCACAGUUUAUGGGAGAAGACGAUGCAGGCACUUCUCAUACUGUCGUGUUGGCACCAAACGGUGAUGCUGUCUCAGUGACCAGCUCCGUUAACGAAUAUUUUGGCGCAAGUCAGGCUGGUAAACGCACCGGUAUCGUGUUCAAUAGCGGCAUGAAUGACUUCUCUGUCGAGGGUACCACCAAUAAUUUCGGUCUACCAGCGGCACCAAGCAAUUUUAUAGAUGCACGCAAACGACCCAUGUCCUCGAUGUCACCAAUGAUUUUGGCCGAUCGUAAGGGUAACGUGCGACUAGCGAUCGGUUCUGCAGGUGGUUCAAAAAUAAUUUCAGCUAUUGUCGAGGUGACGGCGCGAUUUCUGUGGUUUGAUCAGGACAUUAAAUCGGCCAUUGACGCACCGCGUAUACAUCAUCAACUCGUACCCAAUGUGUUGCAAUACGAAUUUGGUCAAUUUGAUGAAGAGGUUCUCAGUUUGUUAAAAGAGAAAGGACAUGAAUUGAAGCCCUACAAAGAUAUUGGAUCUGUGGUGUGUGCGAUUGCACGAAACGACACAGCGAUAUAUGCGAAUGCGGACUUUAGAAAACGAGGAGGCAUAGCUGGUUUUUAAUUACACAACCGUUAAUUCUCAAUCACUCUGUAGUAUACGUGUGCGCUAAGUCCAUAAUAUUUUAAAUUACAAUUUACGAGAUUAUUUAUUACAACAGAGGAAGGCAAGAAAGGUGGAAGAAUUUAAUGCUUUUGCUAAUUAAACAUAAAAACAAUGAAAUAUAUUUGUAUAUACGAUUUAAUCCAGUGUAAAUGAUUCACGAACUGCAAAAUUUAUUACCAACGAAGGUACAUACUUCAGUAUUUCCAUACUCCUUUAUGGAUCAAUGCAGAAAUUCUCGGUAGAAAAAAUAAGCAAACUAACUCAGAUAAAUCCCAAACGGCAUUUGCAUAUUUUAGAUCAAAUGUAAAUUGUAGUAUUCAAUUUGUAUGUGUAGUUUGUAUUUUUAUAAGUAUUAUUCUUAGACUUAACUCAUAUCAUGUGCAUACAUACCAUAAUACAUACCAAUAUAUCGCAUCAAAUAUGCAAUUUAUAUGCGCUAUUGAAGAUUCAAUCAAAAGUGAACAGUUUCAAUCCAAAAAUGAGUAUUUAUUUAGAUGCUGAAUAAGUAUUGCUGUAAACCACCUGAUCUUAUGCGUUUAUUUUUUCAAAAAUUUAAUAAAGUAAAAAUAUCGAAAAGCUUUAGCA